GAGAAAAAACCUAAUUUUAAUGAAAUCCAAAACAAAGCACCAAUGUCGGAGCAUCUUCCUCCUCCUCCUCCAAGGAGGACUUCUUCCGGAUUUGGUGAUCCCGCAUUGGUAUUCCCUGAGUUUGCUUCAAAGAACCGCGCCCUCGAGAAAGUUCAAGAAGAAGAAGGAGAAGGAGAAGAUAGCAGCUACGGCGGGAAAGGCUCUUUUGACCUGAGCUCCAGGUUCUCAAGCCCUUCCGUCUCUAGAAACGGGUUCGAAACACCCAAGAAGACAUCAUCUCUGAAGCUGCCUGGAUUCAGAGAGGAAGAAGAGACAGACCGGAGUACAAACUCGGGUUCCUUUGUGGACCGUGAGGAUGAGAAGAGAAAGUGCCCUGGAUGUUUCAGAAAAUGCUGUGCAUGCACGUGCAUGUUUCUUUCCAUCGUUCUUAUAGUCGUAUUGCUGACAGGACUGUCUCUUAACUCUUCGGUGAAAUCUAGUCUGCCUCAGGUUUCUGUCACAUACCUCAGGUUCUCGAGAUUGGACUUUGCUAAUUCGACAGCAGAUCUUCUGUUGAAUGCGAACUUGAAGACGGUUCUUGAGCUGUCUAACAAGAACGACAAGUCGGUGUUGUAUUACGGCCCCAUGAGAGCUGCUGUCUCGUCUGAGAACAUAAAACUCGGAGAGAAGAGACUUGUCGGAUUCACGCAAAGCCCUGGAAACGUUACGUAUUUGAGUGUUCCCACCAGACUUAGAAAGUCCAAGGUAUAUGAUGUUGAUGCUACGUUGCUGAGAAACAAAGAGAAGAAGCUUGAAGCUGUGGUUUAUGUGCGUUUGAGUGGGAAAUUGGGUUUUGAUUGGUUGGGGUUUAGGAUUCGUUUACCAACUGUUAUUGCUUGUGAAGAUGUGAAACAGAGUGAUGUGAUCAAUGGACUCAAGCCCACGUGUGAUGUUAGAAUCUUUUCUCAGUGAAAAUCGAUUAAUACAUAAGUCCCAAUGUUCUUUUU